CUGGUGUUGGUGGCCGACCACGAAAAUCACUAAAGACGUCACGCGGAUGGCGUGACCCACCUUUGGCCAAAAUAGUGUCACGAAAUCUAAACAAGAAAUGAACGACACACUCAGUCAUUGUGGUGUGAUUAAUUGUCGGCUAUGAUUUGACUUGGUUUUCAGUUAAAUAAAAAAAGUAACAUUUAUGAAUAGUGAGAGCAUAAAACCAUGUGCGACAGCUCUUAUGUAGCCUCAUUAGCAGCCGACCUUUAGUGUAGCUUUACGGUAGUGUUUUUACAGUGUGACUAAAAAAAAGUGUUCUGGGUUACCUGUGGUGAUACUUUCAUACCUUUUUCCUAGGCGAGCAAUUUCCUCAGUGUUGUUGAGUCCAACUUCUUGGAAAGCACCAAACGCAUCAGCCGACAUCACCUAUACAAAGAAUUUGGAAUUUAGUUGAAGUUUGAUUAGAACUACAAUUCUUAGAAUACUCAAUGGCUUGCGCAGGGGCAUAUCCGGAUUGGUAGCACUGGAUUUUAUUUUAUACUCUAUGGCGCGAAAAUGACAAAAUUCUAACGGUACCGCAGGACUUUUAUCCUCUGUGAUAUGCGGUAACGCUUAAAAAAAGCGUAAUGCGAGAAAAACUUUCCUGAAUAAGGUAUUGGGCUAUAAUUUUAGUAUUGUGGAACGGAAAAUUUGAUUAAGGACCGAGAAAGAAAAUAAAAACUAGACGCUCUUAGAGCGUGAAGUCGGGCUAGCUAUUUUUGAAAAUUGGGAAAGACAGGAUAUUACAUGAUGCGCGUAUAGGAGAACGAUUAAAGGUUUUAAACACAAUAAGAUUAUGAUGUUAUAUUCUAUGUAAAUUAUGGCGUAGAAUAUAUAUUUUUUACUUCUAAUACAUAGUAAAAGCAAGAAUGCGUUACUUUCUCUUUAAUUAAUGUACUGUUAAAAACCGUUUAUUCACAAGAUAAGAUAUUCUUUUGGAAUGCUCUCUGCAACGUCUUCAAAACGAUAGAAAUAUCAAGCCAGAAAAAAAAUAUAUUUCUUUUUUUUUAAAUAUAGCCGAACUCACGUUCUAAUAACGAAACAAUUAUAACAAAUGAAAAAUAUUUCGCUGAUGUGAGUUCCAGUUGAUUUUUGAUAGGCUCCUUUCCAUAUAUCUUUGUAUGAUGUCAUGCUCAAUUAAUUAAAGAAAAAUAUUUUCUUUAAACGUGCCAUCUUAACUUUAAGACUCCUGAAAGUAAAAAAAACCGAAAUUCUGCGCAUGGAUAUCAAGAAAAAAUAAACCGCAUUUAUUCCAGAAUACUAUCUUGGUUUUUAAUGUCUUUUGUGAAAUUGUAAUUUCAAAAUAGUGAAUAAAGGACCUAACAAUAUGUGUGAUAUCUACCUCUAUCUCAACUGAGGCAGAACAGCGCAGUAUGAGUGAUAGACCAUUAGUAUGUUUAUACUAAUGUUUAUUAUUAAAGAGUAUUGUCGCCACUCUCCGAACACACGACUGGUACUAACUCGAUUAGAAGUAGAACUAGAAUAGUAGUCAUUACGUGUUAUUCACGAUAACAUUUUAUUUUCACUGCUGAAAAUACUGAACACAUUCGAGUUUUCUCUAUAUCCUGGAAGUAAAACAGAAUAUUACACCGUCGCUUGGAGAUACGAAUUUUAUCUUCUCGAGUUGAAGAUCUCGUUCACUAAGCUCACUCGUGAGAGAUCGUGUCAACUCUCGAAAAUAAAAUCCGUAUCAAAAAUAAGUAUAAAUAAGUAUUCAUAAAGUGUAUGUUUUAUUAAAAUUGGAUGAAAUAUCAAAAUUUGAUUUUCUUUGCUACCUUCUGUACCGCAUGGCUAGUUUGCAUUACAAAACAAACACCAUCCUGCCUCGCGUGUCAAGUUUUUCGAUGUUACCAAGUAAGGUAUUAUCUCGAGCUCUUUUUGACAAUCUUCAAAAUUAUUCUCAAAGUCACAAGCACAUAGCAUUAUCAUGACGACCUAACGUUACAGAAGUAAACAAAUAAACUUAUAAACUUGUUUUGAGCUGCUCUUGUACUUAUAAGGAAGUUUUUAAUUUGGUAAAACCGGCCGAUUAGUAACGCAUUAUUCCGGCUUUUCUUACGUAAUAGAAGAUAACACACACACAUGUUCAUGACUGAAUACUGAAGUGUAUAUGUUGUAGUACUAUAGAUUACGUACUCUGGUACCCUAAACAUUUAUGAAAAAAAACUUUUUCACAAGAGAAAAUGCAUUUCCUGAAUAAAUGCAAAAUUGAUGUUUACCGUUAUAUUUCUGGAAUGAGACAUCUAAAUCUAGACUACAUGCCCGCAGAAAAUAAUUGAUUUUCUUUGUUUAAUAAUUCUUAUGAAUAUUAUAGCCGUCUGUAUGAGUGAUCAUUGUUAUUUUUUGCUAGAAACGUAUGUUCUUUUUUGUUUAGUUUUCGUUUGUGACGAAUUACGAGCGGUCGGUGCUUAUUCGUAUGCCCAAAGAUGGGCAUAUAAAAAAAUCAGUGAUUUUUUAUUUGUUUGAAUAAAGUUUGUUGCAAAAUCAGUUAGAUAAUUCGACAAAAAUACUCAUGAUAAUGGCUAUGCCGGCUAUAUAUACCGGAUUUUCAGUUCGCUUUGCAGUGAAGAUUCAGAGAGCCAAACAAUCAAGCGACAAGGCGUUCAAACCAAAAUUUACUAACUCGUCGUUCAAAGAGCUACCAACAUGGUCAAGUCGAACAUAAAAUGCGAUGAUUCUGUCAAACCCACUUUUGACAAGAUGACCAAAGGGAAAAAGGAAUACAGAUACAUCAUCUUCAAAAUUGAGAACAACCAAGUUGUCGUCGAUAAAACUGGAGAUCGCGACAAAACUUUCCAAGACAUGAUAAAUGAUCUUCCCGAGGAGGACGCAGCUCGAUAUGUCGUCUUCGACCUAACUUAUCGCACAAAAAGGGAGAAUCAGCUUCGAGAGAAGAUCGUCUUUCUGAGUUAUUGUCCAAGCGGUACUGAUACAAGAGAGAAAAUGCUCCAUGGAAGCACAGCUCUAGAGAUGAAGGAAAAGCUUGGAAGUUCUUUCAUCCACUUGUCGAAGCAAUGUGAUGAUCUUGGUGACAUGAACGAGGAAGAAAUCAAGGAAGAAAUGGCCACCAAAGGGUAGAAAUCUUGUAUAAAUAAACACUUUCUUAUACUUAGUAGAGUUACGGUAGAAAGCACAUUUGCAAAAUUGACACACAAAAUGUAUCUAAAGUAGUUUGUAGUUUGCAUAUUAUCAUGAUUCAGUAUAUAUAUUGCGUGAUCCAUCGCCUAUCGCUUUUGUGUUGGACAUUGUUUACAAUACUUUAUGAUAAUGUGUAUUACGUUACAUUCAGGGUUUUUCCCUAUUUUCCUCGGAGUAGACGCUCUUGGAGCGUGAAGUCGGGCUAGCUAUUUUUAAAAAUUAAGAAAGACAGGAUAUUACAUGGAUGAGCGUAUAGGAGAACGAUUGAAAGCUUUUAAACACGAUAAGAUUAUGUUAUAUUCUGUCUAAUCAUAUGAUUAUAUGAAUGUAAACUAUGGCGUAUAAUAUAUUUUUUUACUUCUAAUACAUAGUAAA